UACAGACACCAUGCAGAAUGCAGUUCAGGUGUGGUUUGGAGAUGAUCCCCCUUUAAAUCCGCGUAGUCCACUGACUCCAAGGCAUGGGCCAGGCUUAGCAGAUGUUCUGCUCUAUGACCAGUGGAUAUCUGUCCGACAUGAGGCAACUUUGAUCCCUAUGCAGGAGGACCUAGCCAUCUGGCUAUCUGGUUUGUUGGGGGUAGAACUUACAGCAGAACGACUACUGGGAGAGCUUGACAAUGGCGUACUGUUAUGCAAGUUGAUUGGAGUAGUUCAAAGUGCAGUUAAAAAGAAUUGUAACCCAAAUGACUUAAGGGAUUUCCCUUUGAGAAAAGUCCCUUGUAAGAAAGAUGCUGCUUCAGGAUCUUUCUUUGCUAGAGACAACACAGCCAAUUUUCUGAACUGGUGUAGAUGUAUUGGAGUGGAUGAAACUUACCUCUUCGAAUCUGAAGGCUUAGUUCUGCACAAGGAUCCAAGACAAGUGUACCUUUGCCUCCUGGAAAUUGGUCGUAUUGUAUCAAGCUAUGGAGUUGAGCCUCCCGUGUUAGUGAAACUGGAAAAGGAAAUUGAAUUGGAAGAAACCUUAUUGAUGUCCUCUGAUCCUGUGGCUCCUGUCAUCCCACCCAAAUCCUGUUGUCAACAUGGAGAGUUGCAUGAAGCAGUUAAGCACAUUGCUGAAGAUCCUCCUUGCAGCUGCUCCCAUAGAUUUUCAAUUGAGUAUCUAUCUGAAGGACGCUAUAGACUGGGAGACAAAAUACUUUUUAUACGAAUGUUGCAUGGCAAGCAUGUGAUGGUACGUGUUGGUGGAGGAUGGGACACUCUUCAAGGCUUUCUCCUCAAGUACGAUCCGUGCCGAGUGCUGCAGUUUGCAACGUUAGAACAAAAAAUCUUGGCCUUUCAGAAAGGUGCAUCUAGUGAGACUACUCCUGAUUCAUCUGCUAAAACUCCUCAGCCUCCUCACAUGAACCCCAUAUCUGCUGUUGAAACCUACCAGAAACAAAAUCCAAAGACCCUGACUCCUGCUUCAGCUCCAAAGACUACUCGGCCAGUUAAUAGAAAGCAGCCAGUCAAUAAGCUUCCACAAUCACCUGCACCUUCUUCCAAAACAAAGGUCCAUACAACUUCAAGAAGCCAAUCUGUGUUAGGCCAAGCCAAGUCUAAAGGUGUCUCAGCAAGUAAUAGUCAGUUGUCUUCCAAACCCCCAACAGUUGCUUCAAAAAACCCAGCAACAUCCUCUCAUAAACUCACAUCUGUUUUAAAACCCGCCCAACCUGUACACAAACGUUCUUCAUCCGCCUUACUGAGAACUGCUCUAACUUCUUCGGAAUCUCGUCCGAAACGUACCUUGUUGUCAGCCAAACGUGACCAGGUACAGAAUUCUCCAGUCGUGUCACGUCAGACUGUUGCUUGUUCAACAAGUACGCUUUCUCGGCUACCUGGGACAACCAAAAGAACAGCUGCAGAAGAUUCUUCUAAUGGUAGGACAAGGCUCAAUGCCACAGUCAAAUCUAAAGCUCUUUCAAAAACUUCCAAAAAAUGUUCAGAGCCAGCUAACAAAAAUCAGCAUGGUCCUAAAGCAGGUUGCUCUCAGCAGCCUUCAGCAACAUCAGCAAAACCAGUUCCAAAAAGUACUACUCAGACGUUACCAACACAGUGUUGGUCACUUAGAGAUACACUAAAAUCUAGAGAGGCAAAGAAUGUCAAAACUACUAGUACUGCCAAACAGCAGGGUUCUCCAUCUUCACUUACAGCAGGUAAAUCAACACAAUUGACAUCUGCAUUGGGAUCAAGAAGUAAAAAUGUGUCUUCACCUGUCAGCAAUCACUCUUCAGCCAAGAAUACGCAGGUCCAAAGUAACAGGCCGAAACCUCUGGCUGGUUCCAGUAUGUCAAAGCAUCCUGAGCGUACUCCAUUGUCUGUUGUACGUCUUCCUCAAACAUCAGCUGUAGCCGAAACCAGAAAAAAGAAGACACAAGCAGCCACCGAAAGUCAAUCAUUGGUUAAAGCAUCCCAGAAGAAUGAUAAAGUCCUUGCUGCAACUAUCACUAGGAAAGCACCUGGAGGAUUAAAGGAUCCUAUGUUGAAAACAAAACCAGAUGAUCACUAUUUUGUUAUGUCUGGAAAUAAGAAAAUCAGAAAGUAAGAUAAGCACAUGAAUUGGGACUGUUGCUCCUUCAUUCAGAAGAAAACUCACAUUAAACAAUAGAAUGGUAAUUAAACUAUCAGUGUUUUUUUUUAAAUGGUGCCGUUUGCUAAGAAUGCUUCCCCAGUAUUUAACCAGUCUUCCCUAAUGCAGGAAUAUAUUGAUCAGCAUAAGGCACUUUCCUUUAGCUUGCAUUAUCUUUACUUUUGAUCCUUUCCAAACAUGUUUAAUGUGAUAAAGUCCUCAUAAAAUGGCAAACAAUGGAUCCCAAGUGCCAGCUUGUAUUUACCACAUUAGAGGAAAAAGUUGGAUAUUGCAGGCGCUUAUAUUAAUGGUUGCCCGUUGGUAAUCAGAUUUAACUAGAAAUAUCUGCAAUCUCCUGAUAACACUCAUGCCAUUGAUUCGGGGCCUUUGUCUUGAGUGAAUGUGGGAAUUACUUGUCUUGCAUGUAUGUGAGUGCUGUGUUCAGGGGGGAAAAUAAGAUGCAAAUGACUUUAUUAAUUAGAAAUAGCAACCUUGAUGAGUAAUACUAUAUGGAAGAAGGAUCAAGUUGUUUACUGAAUUUUCAGUGCUCUGGAGCAGAGAUUGAUACAUUUUUGUAAAAAAAAAAUCUAUAAAUUCCAAAGCUGUCAGUACAAUCAGGUCAUUAAUAAUGUUUAAGAGUUUGGCCUUAAAUCUCACCACCUUGAGUGCCUUAGUUGAUGAUUUGCCCUGUCAGUGGCAUCACAAGACAUUGGCAAUUGAUCGCCCUAGAUAGGUGGUCUGGUUUAUUGAUAUGAGCCAUGUCGAAGCCUAUCCUGAUAUUUGCAGGGCUUAAGCAAGGGUGUAGUUGCACAGGAACAAUAAAUGCAGCAUCCAAAAUUUCCUGUGGGCAGGGAGCACCUUAUAAAGUUGUAGGAAAUAGGACAGUGUCUCCGACAUGAGAGCAACUAUCAGAUCAUACUGUUUACAUGUGUGAGGGCAGCUAAAACACUGUUCAGAUAAGCUUCCUGUGUGAUUUUCGUAUUUAUAUCACAAGUUGCUUCAUUUCCAGCAUUUCUGCUUGCUAAUGCUUUUAGUUGCUGCCCAACAUCUUGUACAUACCUAACUUCUUGUACAUAUCUAUGUACAACAUCUUGUACAUACUGUAUCUACAACACAGGGAAAGCAUCUGGGUCUUUUUUUUCUCUUUGCAUACAAGGUUUUAUUUUAUUAAGCAAAUCAGUGAUUAGAGUUCCAUGUGAUUUUUGUAUGCACUUCUACUUGUUAAAACAGUAUUUUAAGGCAAAAUACAUAUAUAUAUUUAAAAUGAUGGUUGCAACUCCUCCAUAAUAAAACUUUAUGUGAGAGUCAGGAAAACCAUUAAGUAUUAAUGGAAUUUCACUCUUUCACAGACUGCAGUUUAGUCUGCUCGAUAUCAAACUGUAGAUUUAAUUUGAACAUAUAUUUCAGGAAAAGGGUAAUUGAAUCCUCACUGAAUGAAAUUGUGAUAAUCCCACUGACUCAAACUGAAAUAGCCAGUCAAGCACAACCCCUGAACCUUUUAUUGUUGCACUUUAGAAUAUAUUUAUGCCUGACUGGUUAAGGCAAGAUGUCGGUGGUAGCAGCAAAUUCGAAUCUCUAUUCCAUCGAAAGCCAUGUGUAGUGCACAAAUGAUAUUCAGGGUUAUAUGUAUAUUCUAGUGCACACCCAAUAUACACCCUUGGAUCUUGACUCAACAUGUGUUACUUUGAAUGGAAACUUGCUGAGUUGCACAGAUUUCCCAAGCUGGAUCAGACUGACUAAUUUUGUAAAGCGAUAGUCUUGUAGCAAUUUAGGAGAGUUAGCAUCAUUGCAUUCAAUAGUCUUUGCUUGUGAGCGGACAAGUGUAGGCUUAUAGGUAUUAUACAACCAGAAAUGGUUUGUUUACAAAAGACUGGUGGUGCCUGAAACUGUUACUGUCUUUGAAAACUGCAGCAGAAAGUGUUCUCAAGUGUCGGAUCUGUAAUGGCAAUGCAGACGUGCAUUUCUGCAAUUCCUGUUUCAAUUAUUUAUAGAUUACUGGAAAACAAACCACCCAAUAUUACUCGCACAGUCUUUGACAAAUGCAGCAUACCAGAGGUCUGUUGAUUAUUGUUGCUUCAGAGUUCUUCAUUAAGGCUGGAAGUACUGAAGUUAUUUAGUCAGCAGAAAAUGUGAGUCUCUGUUUACUGAACAGAGAUGUAGACAUGACCUAGACACACCUGCCCUCCCCAGCUGUAUCUCAAUUCAUAAAAGAUAUGUGUGUUCAAUAGCAUAGGAUGGGAUUAAAUGUGCUUUGUCGGUUGUCCUAGUUAACAAAAAUAAGUGUUUUGAAAUUAUGGUCAUGAUCCAAUGAAGCGGCUCUGUACCUUUAGCUGGGGCCUACCAGUUCUGAGCUUGAUGCCUGUACAUGCUCCUGGAGCUUUAGCUGAAAGGGCAAGGAGCAGCAGUCCAUAUAAUUUCUAAUGCAAAUGUGGGGGCUCUUUCCAAAGUGGCUUCUGCUUUUGUAUGCAAU